ACAUUGUUAAACGUUACGAAAACUAACAGUGGACAGUACUGGAUUCAGUGUUCGAAUGGACUUUUUGGAUCCACAAAUUCCAUUCAUUUGUCGGUUAAAGGUAAUCCGAUCAUUGGUCCUUUGACCACCAUUUCUACAUGCAGUGAUUGCAUCGUUUUCAAGACAGAAGAAACACUUGAAAAAGUGUACUGCGAAACGGAUGAAGAAUAUAGCACCAUUAAUGUUAUGUUUGAAAUAGGACUGAAUCAUUAUGCUGCAAACAAAAUAUCAAGGAAUCGAGUUGGUUUGGAUUCACAUGAAAAAACAGCAAAUACCUUACAUCUCAUGAAUGUAAUGUGUACUGUUUUUGUUAAUCACCGGAACAUGUCAGUGAAAGCUUCAAUAUACGUAGUCGUCAAUCCCAAUGGACCUCCGAAUAUUUCGGCUAAUGAAGAGCUAUUGGAGGGAGAAACUGUGGAUAUAACUUGCACAUCAUCGAGCGCAAGGCCGCCCCCAUUACUGAAAUUUCUUGUCGAAGCUACUGAAAUUGAUACCAAUACCAAUGUAUCAACAAUUUAUGAAGACUCAACCGGAUUGUACACAUCUGUGUCUAAACUGCAUUCGUUUAAGAGGGAGUGGGGAAAUAAAAGUAUUUUUUGUAUCGAGUUUCCGGAGGUGAAUGGAUUAUAUCACAAGAAAAUUUCAAAACCAGUGUACAUACAUUACAAAUAUCCCCCAUCUAGACUCAUUAUAGCAGUUAUUGACCAAGGAAACUUAUCGACAACGGCUGUAAGAUGUUCUGCACUGGACUCUAAUCCAGUUUGUAACAUUAAAUGGGAAUCAAAAAAACCGAAAGUUGAAAUUCGACUUUCGUCCGUUUUACCAGUUCCACCGAACACCAACUUAGCGCUCACCUGUUUUGCAAACGCCUAUCCGAAUGGAAACAUUACUUGGACGACUUUGAAAGCUCCUAAUGCACCAACAUCAGAUGGAGAGUUUUGCGUAAAUGCAUCCACAUGCAUUUAUGAAAUGACUACAUCUGACGUUGAACAGGAGUAUAAUUGCAUUGCAAAGAACGCACAUGGCAGUGACAGUUUGUCAAUAAUUGUAACUGUCCAGGAGCGUAAAAAUCAAGAUGCAAAAAAUAGGAAAGAGGAUAAUCAAACAGAGAUGGCCCAACUUCAGUCACCGACAGUUGCAGAAAGCGAUGCGGUAACACAUACACAUUUUGACGGCGCUGAGUAUGCUGUCAUCCACAAGAAACAACGUGACCCAGAAAACGUUGAUCUGCCUUCUAACCAAUAUAUGGCGCCAUACGAUACUAAGAAUAAAUGCUUCGAAAAUGCAGUAACCGGAAGUUCAGUACACGUAGAACAACCAAUUGUUCCUUUGGAAGCAGGUCCUUCAAAACAAUUUGAUGUUCGUGAAUGUCAAAGCAGAGAAAAGAUUAAAAGAACAGACAAUGAAAACGACAAUGGUGUUUUUAAGCAGAAAAAUAUCUGCAACCUGGACACAGCAAAUGCUAAAAGCCCAAAGCGUUCCACAGAAGAGCUUGUGUAUGCGGAUGUCGAUAUCGAGCACUUGGAUAGAUUUCGUGUAGGACUUCGUGCGUGCAAUGACGACGAGCAGACAGAGUAUUCUGACAUCGUAUUUGGUGCAUCUUGUAGUGUUAAAUCUAACUCAUCCAAUGAAAAUGUGUAUGAUAACAAUGAACUUUAGGGAUGUUCAAAAACUUGCUUUUGCAAGGGAUGGAUUAAGGUCGCUGUCCAUUUUUAUAAUAAGUUUGUUUCGUGUGUAUUGUUAAUACGCGCAUGAAGUUGCAGGGUCUUGUAUUUUCACAAAUUAUAUUAGAUGUAGCGUGCUAGAUUGUUUUCUGACAUGUUGGUGUGUGUAUCUGUCUCACCUUUCUAGUGCCUACUUUCUAUUUGUUUUAUUAUGUCUUAACCAUAUUAUCAUAUGACAUUGUUUUUAAUUACUUUCCUUCAUGGUGAGAACUCUUUGAUUGAUAUCCGGCGCUAUGCUAUUGGUUUGAGUUUGUCUGUAUGUAUGCAUUAUGUGUUUUAACAAUUGACUUUUGAUGAGCAUAUUUAUGUUUAGUAGUCGCAAAUAGUUUUAUCGCGAAAUGAAAUGGAAUAACAAUUGAUGCUUUACAUUUGAUGGUCAUUUUACCAUUAAAGUGUACAUGUUGAUUCUCUGAUUAUGUUUAUGAAAUACUGAUGUAUAUUUUAAAACAUAUUGGAAUUUGUAAUGCACGAUUUGGCAAAUCCACUUGGGUAAGCCCAGUAGCCGACAACUUUUAAAAAAUCAGUCAUUUUCACAAAUUACGAUGGUCAAUAUAAGAAAGAAAUGAUUAUCAGGAACGAAUCAAAAUGAUAAUUUUGAUUUCUUAAGACAUAAUUGAAAUUCGGUACAUGAUUUUCAUUCAGUGUACUUUUUAUUCUGCGACAAGCAAAGCAAGGAAAACAACUUAUGGACUUUGAUUUAUUCACAUAACCAUAUUCUUGACAGCUGUGCAGAAACUGUCAGUUUUACAAGAACUAUGUAAUGCACUUAACGGCCUAGAAGGAAACAAAUGCAUGAUUUCCUGUUUUGCUGUCCGUUCAAAGGUCGUGAGCCAAAAAUAGACCAAGAAAUAUACUUGCAAUUGUAGUCUUUCUUGUUGCAUGCCUCUCGUUUAGUGUGUGUUACGUUUUAACAAUUUCCCUCUAUACAGAGCCUUCGUCAUUAGAUUUUUGGUUUCGCUACUAGACCUCCACGUGAAGUGUCAUUUGAUUGUUAUAAUCAACAUAUAACUGUUUUUUAUGAAGUUGUGAAUUCUGACCAUUUUGAGGUUCAUAAAACGCUACUCGUGUGAAUGGGAUCUUUAAAAAUAACGAAAAUAAUCUUAGUUUGACUGGCGCUUAUAUAACUGGACACAAUUGAGCAAAAAAGGAUGAUUUUGAAAGAAAGAUUAUGUUUUUUUUGUUUAUCGGGUACAAAUACAUCGCUUAUAGGUUAAAUAGUAUUGAAUAUAUAUCUAUCUUAGGUUGGGCACUGACAUGCAUAGUCCAAGUUUAAC